AACGUAUUGAUCGCGGCUAAGCAGCUGUACUCUCAAGCUGACAGUAACGUUAGGGCGGCCGCACGGAAAAUACACGUGUCACACGCUCUCGCGACGGGAACAUCGUUAUUGUACGAACGACAGGAAAACUCGAGGGAAAGUGCAAAGCCCUUUGCUUCGAUUCGAUCGAAACGAAUCUACGGUGUUCUUGCAUUUUAUAAAAACUGAAAAAACUGGUGCUGAAAAGAUGACGCUGAAACGAGAUCUUUCCUUUCUAUGUUGAUUUGUUCAAUAAAUAAUAUAAAAUUCGAGACAUUCGAUCAUAAAAAUUGUGGUUUCAUACAGAAAUAAGUGGUUAGAGUGUUUUGUUUUUAAAUUGGCCGAAUGCGUUGACAUAGUUUUUUAAUUAUAAAAGCGUUAUAAAGGAAGAUUCAAUGAAGAUGCCAAUCAGUGACAGUGAAUCUUUGGAAUUUUUAUUAGCUCUGGUAAUAAACGAUGGAUCAGACAAAAUACAUCGAUUCAUGGAACGAAAUAAACAUUUCAUCAAAAGCGAUUACUUACUCAGUGAAGAAAGAAGAUCGUUGAGGAUCGAAAUCCUUCGAAAGAAUUUGGAUCGAUUUUUGUGCUGAAUUAUUAAAAUUAUCAGCUAACGUUUCCACAAAAUAACUGUGCGUACUGAUUAAGCAAUUAUCCGUCCGACGAAGCAAUCGUACGCGUGUCUUGGGUUUCAUGGAGAAAAGUUGCUCAGUUAAGAAGAUGAUGCGAGAGACAGAGCACAUUGGCUCUGUUUGCGCUUGUUAAUCAGUUCAAUUGAAUAACGUAUUAAUACAUCGGGGUAAAGGGUUAACCGCAAUGUCCACGCCGGACACGAUGGAUACUAUUGAUGAAGCGGAGCAGGCGUGGCACGAGAUGCUGGAGUGUGAGACUGGGUCCCUGUUGGGCCGAGUCGCGGACCUCGAGAGACAAUCCUUGGCACAGAGAGACGAGAUAGUUUGCCUUCGCGCUACUCUAGCGGAUGCGUUAAGGCGAAUUGCCCAGCUAGAAGGACGCGAGAAAAGAGAGGAUGAAAGAAAUGAAAGGAGGAAUGAAAGAAUAGUAUCCUCGCCCUUAAGAAACGGACAUGUAUCGCUUAGAAAAUCACGUACAUCCUUUGAAAUUAUCAGCAACCAUAACAGAGAAAGAAUUGGUGAAAAAGAAAUUCAAGUGGAUAUCGACAAUUGUUUGUUAGAAAUUGAUUUUCUCUUGUGA